UGCACGGGCGGCUCAAAUACGGUGCUCAGUCGCGCUCGAGGUGGCUCACCCCGACGGUCGCGAGUGAUAAAGUGUUUUCGUCUAUGAUACCGUGGCGGCGAGGACGCGAUGUCUCCUCUGCACGUGGCGCUGCAUCUGUCGGGAAACAUCUAUUGAAAUGCAACCCCCGUUAUACGCGUUUUGCUCGAUCCACGCCGACGACGAGGAAACGAUGACAGGGGUGCGUGGACACGCGUUGCGGCACCCUAGACGGUAACGUCGACCGAUCGGCUUUGCCAGAGGGAAUCCAACCACCUCCAUGUUUACGAAUCCCGUGAAUCGCGUUGGCAAAAGGCUGUUCAACAAUUCGCUCGAUUCUUCCUCGGGAUCCUUUCCAGUGAACGGGAAGUGACACGGCCGGAAGGAAUGCGUGACCGCAGGAUUAAAUAUUUUCGAAAGUGUGGAGCUUGACUUGUGAAGGGUGAAGCGACCAGGACCAACUUGUGCUUUGAAUGAAGGUGUGCGACGGCUAAUGAAGUUUGAUGAAAAAUAAAGUCCUUGGAACUUUCAACAGGGACACGAAAAUUUUAGUUCCAAGAGUCUGGGACGAACGAUCAAGCGUGACCCAGUUAAUCAUCCUAACAGACACUAAGAAGAACGUAACGAAGACGUUGAUGGAAGGAAUGUGCCAUAAAAAUGCCGUAGCUACCGUAAACGUGUACCAUGCGCGUGCGAAAUAAACGAAUAACCAAGAUUUAUCGCGCUAAUCGCGGUGCUAAUUCUUCCUGUUUCGUUGGUCGAAGAGACCAGCGCUUUGACUCGAAGUAGUGUCAGUGUCGAGCAAAACGUGAUUCAUGAUUAAUGAUCAGACAAUCAGUCAGAGACGAUUAGCUUCGUACGAUUACUGACAAAUCAUUGAUUCACGACUGUGACUGAUUAUUACAAAAUAGAAAGGAAACGCAAUCAUAAAGCCAAAGCUGAUUGAUCGUGAACAGUGUGAAAUAAUUUACGAGCCAGUGGACGGUGACAAGUGAUAAGAGUCGACAAGCAGUGGAAGAAAAUCGUCCCAGAGGCGGUUACGUUCCGACUUCGUUAGCAAAACGACGCGAUGUGGUGUCGUCGGGUUGCGACGAUGGUGCACUGUGUCGAAAUCAUGUUUGUUCGAGAAGAGUAGGGCAAUCUUACCCGAUAGUUCGAACCGUUUUCGAUAAGGUCCUUCCGCGAGGAGGAUGGAGAAGGCUCGCGGUCGUCCGGGAAUCAGUUACAGAAAUGCGCGGCCCGGAACGCGAGGACAACGACUCUCGACGACGGUGUGCGUGUCGAGUUUCGAAGAGGUCCCGGAUCAAGGUACAAGUGCGCGUCGCCCGGUGAUCCAAAGACGAAUGGCAGCGGCUGCUCGUGGCCACCCUGACUCUGUGCACUCAAGACGAUUGAAUGGAUGAUAGGGUGAAACGCGUCAAAAGCGAUGCCUGGUAUCGUGGUGUUCCGACGCCGUUGGAGCGUCGGCAGCGACGACCUCGUCGUGCCCGGUGCUUUCCUGUUCAUCCUGCAUCUGAUAUGGGUGACAGUGCUGGGUCUUCUACUGGGGAUUCUCAAAUGGGAUCGCAGUGUUCCGUGCAUCCUUCUUCUGUGGGAAUACGUUGUGGGAUACCUGGCCAUUUUCGGGGCCUGCAUGGCGGUGGAGUUUUCCAUCUGCUUCCUGGCGACCAGGGGGAGCAUCCUGGACACUGCAGCAAGGGCCCCGAUGCAAUAUGUUCUCUACGUUCGAAUUUUCCUGUUACUGGUAGAAGCUGGCUGGUUAUGCGCAGGCGUAACAUGGUUAACACACUACUACCAAACCUGUCCCGUCGACCAAAUCAGAGAUGUAAUGUUAGGUUUAGUGAUAUCGAAUUGGUGCGUAUUGGCGUCCGUGAUGGUGACAGUAUGGUGCACGUACGACGCCGCGGGCAGAUCCUGGGUGAAAAUGAAGAAAUAUCAACGUAGCAUGAGGGAGGCGGAAUCAAGAUGUGGUAAAUUGCAUUACAACCGAAGCGGCAGCAGAAACAGGAACUGGAGGCAAAGAAAAGUCAUACGCGCGUACCAGGAUAGCUGGGACAACAGGUGCAGGCUGUUGUUUUGCUGCAUGGGCAAUUCAGACAGAAGCCGGAACUCAUUCGCGGACAUCGCGAGGAUGUUGAGCGACUUCUUCCGCGACCUUGACGUGGUGCCAUCGGACGUGGUCGCCGGGCUGGUGCUGCUUAGGAAGUUCCAGAAGGUCGAGAGAGAAUUGAUAGUGAAGCAACGGAAAAACGAUACGUACGAGUUUCUGUCGGGGGUGCCAGUUACUCCUCGCACCAAAUUCCUGUCCUUGACCGAGGACGGUGAUCUGGGCCACUUUCAGUUGGCCAUUCAUUACAUGCACUUCGCCUUUGCCGCUUACGGCUGGCCCCUGUUCCUCGUUAAUCAUUCGACCGGGCUCUGUCAGCUGUGCGCAAGAUUGCGAUGCGGCUGUUUCCCGUGCGGCGGGCAUGACGACGAUGCGACAGUGGUAGAAGACAAUUGUUGCCAGUGCAAUUACGCCGCGCUGAGAAAGAUGGUCGACGUCGCCGAGGUGGAGGUCAUUUACGCGACUUUUCACGUCGACGUUGGUGAGACGCCGUUCUUCGUCGCUCUCGAUUACACGAAGAAAAAGGUUGUCGUUAGUAUACGAGGAACCCUUAGCAUGAAGGACGUGUUAACGGAUCUGAACGCGGAGGGUGAAGUGUUACCGUUGUCGCCACCGAGAGACGACUGGCUCGGGCACAAGGGGAUGGUCCAAGCCGCCGAAUACAUUCGGAAAAAGCUGCUCGACGAGGGAAUUAUAUCUCGAGCUCUCGCAAAGGAUACUUCGAGGGGGACCCAUCAGUUCGGUCUGGCACUCGUUGGACAUUCGUUGGGAGCUGGUACGGCGGCCAUUCUAGCGAUAUUGCUCAAGCAGGACUAUCCGGAUCUGGUGUGCUUUUCGUUCGCUCCACCGGGUGGUCUGUUGAGCAUGCCUGCUCAGCAGUAUUCGCAGGAAUUUAUUACCUCCGUCGUGGUUGGGAAAGAUGUCGUGCCCAGGAUAGGUCUUCGCCAAAUGGAAAGUUUAAGAGCCGAUCUUAUCAAUGCCAUAAAGAGGAGCGUCGACCCAAAGUGGAAAACGAUAGCGUGCUCGGUGAUGUGUUGCGGUUGCGGUUCCACCCCCACCUCGGCUGCGAAUUUAGAGGCUGGAGGAUGCAUCAGCGAGUAUCAGAGGGACAAGGACCUGGCGCGCUCCCAGACCGUUGUUCCGAGCGACUCCAGUAUCGCGUUGACAUUGCACAGGCCUCUGUAUCCGCCAGGUCGAAUUAUACACGUUGUCCGACAUCAUCCUAACAAGGGAGAGCAAAAAUAUGAGAGCCGCUGGAGACAAGUGUUGAACAAACGGGAGCCAGUGUAUCAGGCGCUCUGGGCGGGCCCGUGCGACUUCGACGAGGUGCUGAUUAGUCCAGUGAUGAUACAGGACCACAUGCCGGACAAUAUGCUGAAAGCGUUGAACAAGGUUGUAACGACCCUGGGACCGGCGAAGCCGCAGAGGCUGGCUUCCGGUCACGCGUCGUCCACGGAGGCGUCUGAGGCGCGCGAAGCAGUCGAGAUCCAGGAGAUGGAGAUCGAACAGGAAAUGAGAGCGUUGCUGUCGUCCUCCAGCCCCGUUAAAUCCCAUCCCAGCAACCUGGCUGGGACACCGCCGCACAGACUCUGCCUGGAGACUAGCUUCACAUCCUUGCAGAGUCCGUCCGAGUUCCCACAGGCUGGCCGCGAGCUCAGCGUUGACUCCAGAGGGAUUCCGUGGGAGUACGUCAGCCUGGCCAGCGAGUUGCUCAACACCCCCAGGACCGACGAAUGCACAUUGUCGAAUCGUCGGGGCGACUGGGACGAUUCGUCGCGUACGGCGCCACUCGCCACGCCGGAAACGUUGUCGGAGGCGUCGAGCAGCCCGCCGUCGCCUGUACCACCACCGAGACCCAUGAGGAGGACCCCGAAAAUUUCGGGAAACUUGUCAACGGCGGCGGACGACUUGAAGAACAAUCUUCACUUCGCUAUGCUCUCGGCGAAGAACUACUUCCUGAGGGAGGGGAACAACGGCAGUAAUACGAGCAGCGGCAAUAGCGAGGCGAGCUACGAGAGCGCCAAGAGCUUAACUGCUGGUCUUCCGCCGCCAGUGCCGAGAAGACGUGACUCCGUCAUCGUCAGAAGAGAGCAAAGAGUAUGUACAGCUGCUUGCUGCAGAGACGAUUUGUCAAACUCUUCGUCGCACACCUCUUCCCAUUCCUCUGGAGCGUCGCACACGUCGAACCAGGUUGCACCUGGUUACGCUGAGGAGGAAAACGAGACGAAUGGUUCCAGUUUAGACUUUUACGAAGCAAAGGGUUCUUCUGGACAACGCGAUAGCAGUAACGACGUGUUCCUCAGCGUGAGAAGUUCUCCAGAGUGUAAGGGCCUGAUGGCACCAGCAACAGAUUUAGGGGCGGAAUGGAAGAAGAAAUUGGACGCGACGGGGAUGAGCGGAGACGCUUCUUUACCCCUUUUGCGUGGACUUUCGCCAACGCCCACGCACGGACAGCACAGUUCGCCCUUCUUCAGCACGAAACGGAAGAAAUAUGUAUAUCCGAUCACGCUGGUUGGUCGAGGCGAGAGUAGUGUUUGAUCGGAAGAAGUUAGACCGACCGGGGACCACGAAGGGGAGGUGGUAAAUGUAAAAUAACUGUUAGGUAUCUGUGCCAAUAUCACAUCUUCGUGUGAUUGUUCAGAAUCGUUUUCGCAAGUUCCGGAGUGAAUGUACUUUCCGAGAUAUUCUAAAAUUAAGGGGCCACGCAUCGUAGCCUCUGUUUAUAUGACCUUUCGCUGAAGUCCGUGCGCAUUCGAUAGAUCUAUACUAUAAUCUAAGAUUAGACGAAAGUCGAGGGUAAAAUGUAAAAGGAUCUUGCGACAUUUCUCGUGUAAGGUGUAGAUAGUCAAAUUUGAAUAUUCAAGUUUUAUCGUAGAACGUAUUCCUGUCUUUGUACAGUAACUUCUUCGAUGAAACAAUGUAUUUUCUGAUUCAACAAAUUUUCUGCCAACCAAACGAUAAUAAUAAUAUAAUAAUAGCGAAAUACAGAAGGGCGUACAGGAAAUUAGCAGGAGAAGGGCAACGUAUUACACGGAUGGUUAACGGGAAUCGUGAUGCCUUGCUAUUUGAAAAUAAAAUCAAUUUUUUUAUUAGACGUCUCGUUUGUAAUUACAGAUUGUUGUGGCAUGGUGAAAACGUAUGAACAUUGCACGAAAGUUGCACUGGCCUACUCUGCAUAGAUAUCGUUGAUACGAGAAUUUUAAAUGAUACAUUUUGUACAGUUUUUUAACAGAAUCAAGAGAAAUUUAAGGAGAACUAGACUUAUUUCGAUCUACCCUUUGCAAUCAUUCGCGUAUAAUUUUGCCAUGUUACGUUACGUUAACUGUUUAUUUAAACAAGUUCCAUUGAUUUUUCACCAUUGAAAAUAAUUGUUGUUAUUUUUUUGCUAUGUAUCUAAUAAAUGGAAAAAUGGGACUGAAAACGUAAAUUAUAUAUAAAAUGUAAUAUAUGUAGUCGUUAAAGGAAGGUGAUUACUUACUAAAGAACGAACGACAAAGCAUGAUUUUCAUUGACAGUCUCGUAAUAGUUGAAACUUUAAAAUCACUGUAUUUAUGUAAAAAGUAGGAAGAAUAUACAUGAUCCAUUUAACUCUAUUAAAUAUAAUAUGCACUUAGGAUGAAUAAUAAUGGAUUUACUGUAAGUGAUACUUGUAGAAUAUAAUUAGAAAAAAGUGAUACAUAGAGAAAAGUUCAUUUAAUGUAAUAAAGUACAAUACUUUUUAAGAAAUAAAAAGAUGAAUUCAAUACCCAGUUAAUUUCUUUUCU